GUUUACACUACAGCGUAGCUCGCUUUAGUGUAUAAGGAGAAACCAUUACGCUUGCCUGCAUGUGCUAAACAACGCUAGGUGUAGAAACGUUUGUUAACAAAUACUACAACACAAGAAUAUAAAGUAUGGAUAUAGUAUUUUUGUAUUCUAUAUGUGUGAGCUCCUACAGUGAGGCAAGCCGUGAGACCUUGGAGUUUGGCCCAGGUGGGACUAUUACCCUAACGUUGUAUAUGCACACUUUAUUCUAUAUGGGUGAGGUCCUACAGUGAGGCAUGCUAUGGGGUCUGGAAUUUAAGUCAGAGCUGGCCCAUUACCUCAUGUGCAAAGUAUUUAACGGUUUUCUGUGUCUUUUUCCAGGUUGUUUUACAAAUCUAUAAUGAUAUAAGAUGUUAGGUGUUUUUAUAUUUCUGUCUAUGCUGAAACUUUCAAAGGCGUAUACAUGUCUUGGGGGAUGUAACUGCAGUACAGAUGUUGUAACAUCGGGAAUUGAAGUGUAUUGCCGCGGGAAAAACAUGCAUCGAAUCCCCGCGGAAGCGCUCGCCCGAGAGGCGUGGGGAUCGGUGGUGAUCGACUUUGGUUUAAACGAACUGAGCGCUCUGCCGGCUAACGCCUUCCGAGGGCAAACAAAGUUGAAAAGACUUAUUUUGGAUCAUAACGAUAUCGAAAAAGUUGACCCCGCGUGUUUUAACGCGACAGAUCGAGCAUGGGAACCAAGGAAAUCGCCAUUAGAGUACAUUAACAUGAGAGACAACCAUCUUCACUUCAUUCCCCCCUGUUUCGGUAAAACAGCGACCAGUGUUUCCGAAUUAACAAAUCUACGAACGCUUUACCUUGGAGGAAAUAAAUUAGGAAACACUCCUGAGAGCGACUCAUUAGUAGGCGUGCCGAACGUACAAGACUUGGACCUAUCGCGAAACCUGAUGCCGAAGCUACCCGAGCUUUUUCUAAAGAAACUUCCCAAGCUGUUAUAUCUCGAUAUUUCGAUAAACAAAAUCACAAAGUUACCGAGAAGUGUGCUCGGUAGAACGGUACAACUACUAACACUAAGUGCCAAUGGUAACAUGUUCCGGUCCAUCCCUCAAAAACUUCCAACUUCACUUAUAGAAAUACAGCUUGCCAACAACGCCAUUAAAAACCUAACCAGCCUAGACAUGGACGCUUUAUACGACCUUGAACACUUGGUGGUAUUGGAUCUAAGCGGUAACGGAAUUGAGUUCAUUUUCAAUGGAGUUUUCUCGCGGUUAGCGAACCUAAAAGUUUUGGAUCUUUCGCAAAAUUCUCUGGAUUCUGUUUCUGCUGCUACCUUUGACGGAUUAAGAAACUUAGAAGCUUUGUUCUUGCAAAAUAACCCGACACUGAACUAUAUACCAGCUACUACUUUUACUAAUCUGCCGAGACUAAAGUAUUUGUUCCUAUACGGGUGUGGGCUACGGUCCGUCUCAAUUCCAGAUACAGGCUUAAAUGUAAAGUACAUCUGGCUAUUUGGGAAUCCUUUAAAUUGCAAUUGCAGGCUCGUUUCUCUUGCUAUGUAUCUACAAACUUCUAAAGUAAUUUUAGACUCUGGGUUGGAAAAACUGGAAGUCGAUACUGGAAAUCCGCGAGGUGACGCUGCAGUGCGGGUCAAACUGAACUCAAUACGUGUGAAAAUAAUGCCCACAAUUUGCGUAAGUCCAACAAAUAGACAUAGAUCUGUGGUAGGAAUACCUGUAGCUAAAAUACCUGUAGGCUCGUUAACCUGCCCGGACGAGCCUGUUUAUAUUAUAGUGUCCGUUUUCUUGGGUAUAAUUUGCUUUGCUCUUUCUGUACCCGUCGUUUUCUGCCUAGUAGGGGCGUAUUUAUUAGUUCUCAAACUUGGUAAAACGAAAUUUGGUUGGAAACUGAACGACGAAGACGAAUGAAGAAAAAUUCAAACUGACCAAUGAAAAUCAAUGGCACUGUGACGUAUAAGAAGAGGUUAUGACGUCACGGAGGAGGGUUGUGAAACGGAUAAUAGCAUCUAUGACGUGCCUUGUUUAAAGAAAGUUUAAUUUUCUUUAGUUGGCGUAAUGGUGACGUCAGAAUGACGUAAUGACAUUUAAAAUAAAUAUUUAAACUGAACGAGGGUCGUAGUGUUUGGUUUUAAAGAGUUUUUGUUGCAUUGCAAAAUGA